UUUCAGUGUCUGUGUAUCGUUAUUAUUAUAUGUAUUCAAUAAAGCAGAAAGGAGUAAGCAAGAACCUUAUAAAAAUUAAGUGGUGGGAGACUGGAGCAGAGGAUUUUUAUGGGUGUUGAGGCUCUUGUGCUCCACACUCUCCCCACAUCCCCAAGAGCCCCCACCCAUUAAACCCGACUGGCCUUCUCCUCCUUUCCAUCCUUCCACCAACAUUCUGAUCCCCAAUGUAAUCUUCCUCAUCUGCACAAAUUCCCCGAUCCCCAUUUCGUUUUGGCAUACAAGUUCACCAGAGAAUCGCCGCUCAUCUCACUGUGAACGCUAAUGGCGCCCCAUUUCCCCUUAGCCUUGCUUCUCCUACUUGUUAUCUGCACAGGGGCGAGGGGAGCAACGUUCACGCUGGUGAACAGGUGCGAGUACACGGUGUGGCCGGGCGUUCUGUCGAAUGCCGGCAGCCCGAAGCUCUCCACGACGGGGUUCGAGCUCGCCAAGGGCUCGUCGCGCUCGCUGCAGGCGCCGACCGGCUGGUCAGGCCGGUUUUGGGGCCGGACCGGAUGCGAGUUCGACGGGUCGGGCAAGGGCAGCUGCCGGACGGGCGACUGCGGCUCGAACCAGGUGGAGUGCAACGGCGCGGGCGCGGCUCCGCCGGCCACGCUGGCGGAGUUCACAUUGGGAGGGGCGGGGGGACAGGAUUUCUACGAUGUGAGCCUGGUGGACGGGUAUAACCUGCCGAUGGUGGUGGCGACCUCCGGCGGCACGGGGCCGUGCGGGGCGACGGGUUGCACGGUGGAUCUCAACCUCCGGUGCCCGGCGGAGCUGAGGGUCGAGGAGGCGGGCGGCGACGGGAAGGGGGCGGCAUGCAGGAGCGCCUGCGAAGCCUUCGGCAAGCCUGAGUUCUGCUGUAGCGGUGCUUACGCCAACCCCAACACCUGUAAGCCGUCGUCCUACGCGAACAUUUUCAAGUCAGCUUGCCCAAGGGCCUACAGCUACGCCUACGACGACGCUACCAGCACCUUCACCUGCGCCAACGCCGACUACACCAUCACCUUCUGCCCCAACUUCGCCAGUCAGAAAUCGUCAAAGGAUUCUCCUCCAAAGGCACCAACAGGAGUGCUGCUGAGCGAUGAAGGCUGGUUGGCAAGCCUGGCUACUGCAGCGGCAGACUCAGCGUCAUCAUCAUGCAGGGCCAUUCCAUGGGCUGGCCUACUGUUAAUGGCCGCUUCCUCAAUUAUUACUGUGGCGGUGACCGUGUUCUUGUAGUGGGGGACACCAUCUCUCUUUUCGAUCAUUCGUUCUUCCAAUUAAAGAUGGUUGGCGACCAUGGACUUCGAGAACACAGUGGCCCCCUGCUCUUGCCUUCGGGGCCUGUGAGAAAAGAACUCCACAGUAAAGCUCGAUGAUGAAACUGCGUCAGCUUGCCAGGGAUUGAGCAGUGUUGUAGUUGGAAAGGAGAAGAAUUAUGUAAAAUAAUUGAUGAAACCACGCAACAGGAUGCAAUAAGAAAAUAUAUAUGCAUUGGUAAGGGAAGCUAAUAAUGGCGGUCUUAAAAGCGUUCCGUUAAUGAGAAGUAAACUUUUUCCCUUUCU